ACUAACCUAGAGUGACAUAAUUGCGCGCGAAAUCCCACCUCAUGUCCUUAUUUUGUUAAUUUAAUUUAAUUUCAAAUUAAAAAGAAUUUAAAAUUUUCAAAAUUCAAGAAAUUUAUUAUAGUUUAUAAUACUCAUUAAGCAGUUUAAUAUAUAAUAAGAAAAAAUGGUUCGAACCAAAGCCGAUGCUGCUACUAGAGUUGCUGCUGGUAGUAAAGCACCAAAAAAAUCUGCAAACUAUGCUCACAAUAAUUCUACAUCGAGUCCUACAGAAAAAGGUAAAGAUAAUCUUCCCGUUAAUCGAUAUUUUCCCCGAGAGACACCGUCUUGGCAAAAAAAGAUCACAUCUUUUUAUGACAGAAAUCGUGUAAUAUCUGAAUCUAACGGAUCAAAAGACAGUAAAAUAUCUAAUGAAAGUAAUAAAAAUUCAAAGCGAAGUAGUUCCAAACUAGAUGAAGAUAGUGAUAUGGACACAAAUGGAAAUGAAGCACAUUUCAAAAAAGUCAAAUGUAAUAAUAUGGAAUCAGAUUUUCAAGAUACAAAUCAUUCCAAGAAUUCCAAUAAAAACAGUGCCAAUGAAUCAAUGGAUAUGGAUGAAUAAGAAGAGAAUAUUUAUAUAUUUAUCUUUAGUACUUUUGUUACAUUAUUUUUAUUUAUUUUUU